GACAGUCGAUCGCGCACACGGAGGGUGCGGGUCGUCCUGGGGGUUUUCGUCGUUCCGGUUCGGAUUUGGAUGAAUUGUCGCUGAUUUGUCAGCUCGAUACUCUCAUCCCCGCACGGUUCUCGCGUGCAGACCGCUCGCGUGACAACCUGUCACUCAGUGCGAUUCAACAGCUGGUAGACAAGGUGUUUUCGGGCGGGAUGUCGAUUCGAAAAGACUAGUAAACAUCCGCAUCCUCCCGUUUUGAUAAGCUCCUCCGAACGGUUUGGACCGCGUCGUAUCGCUCUCGAGCGUAACAUCGUUAUCUCGGACUCUUAACUCGUGAUGCGAGACGCGUCGAAUGGAUCGAAGCGCUUCGUGCUGGUGCGUGUGGUGUCGGAGCGGUAGAAUUGAAAUUAUUUGGACUGAUACGGAAGUUAUCUGACCGAAAGAAUACUGAAUAAAUUCUGGGAUGGACUAUGUGAUGCGAGAAGACGACGCUAGAUAAGGAGUUGGAUGUUACGUUUGGCUCACGCAUAUUGCGGCGUGUUGCGGCGACUGUAAAGCGGAAAAGCGAGGAGAUACCGACGUGAGACUGAGAGAGACGAAUCGAGAAUCGAAAAAUUAUUCCGCCCCGGAUGUAUCCCCUUUCGCGAACGAGUCGUGGCACGGUGCGAGGACGCUCACGCUGAGAAUUCCGCGAUUCUGUCGGCGACUCCGAGGGGUGGUGGUGCAUCGGACCAUCUUACCCCGGACGCCGAUGAUUCCGUCAGGAUCAUUCACUGCCGACGAUCCGAAUUCGUCGAUCGUCAUCAGAGCGUCGUGUAUACGCGCGUGCCGCGCGGCAACGACGAUCAGUCGCCAGCUUGGCAGCUCAGCGUUAACGCGGGCAACGCAUGCACCUGAGAAUGGAAGUAAGAGUCCGCUCGGAGCAUAUCAGCAGCAGCAGCAGCAGCGUGAUAACAGCACCGAGACGCUAUUUUGAAUUCGAGACGGCGAACGGGGAGCGAGAGCCGCACGGAGGGCGCGAGACUGGAGGUGGCGGCAAGCCGUACCGGAAGCAGUGGGAGUGGGCGGACAGCGGCGACGGGAUAAGGGUGGUGGCGGCCGCGCUGGUGAGCAAGAGGGUGCAGGAGAGCGGAAGCAAAAAAGCGGCUGCGGCGACGGAAGGGCGAAGGACGAAGGGCGAAGCGGCGUCGAACGGGAAAGGAAAGCGGAAAUCGAAAGCGGAAGAAGAGGAGGAACAGGAAGGGGGUCGUCCAUCGGCAGGAGGGCCCCACAGAUGCGGGGCCCGCAGGGGCGCGCAGUCCGCGGCGGCGUGACGCGAUGCGGACGUCCUCCUCCUCUUUGCCGAGGAAGAGGAAGAGGAAAGACUCGCCUCUCGAUACCGUCCUCCUCGCCAACGACUGGCGGCCGUCAGUUAGAUAUGCCGGUCGUCAGCGGUGUUCUUCGCGAUUCUCCGCUAUUAUCGCAUCGCGUCGAGCGCGAUGCGACAUUCUUCGCCGAAGACGAGAUGGUCCUUCGCUGUAUCGUAAGGUUCCCGGGAAGCCGAAGUCUCAUCAGACGAGUCGGGCUCCCGGUGAACGACGCUGGAAGCGGGAGGGACGAACGGGAGACAAAAGCGACGACGAGAGACGAGAUAAGCGACGACAGAGCGCGGAGGAUAUCGCGAGUAAGGAGAUUUCUCGAGAUAGUGUCUCGUUCGACGGCACCAUCGUCAAAAGCGUCCUUCUGCUGGUUUUUCUCUGCGCCCAGUGCUGCCUGGCGGGCACCGAGGCCCUGGCCGGCACGCAAAAGUACUGCACCAGGACGGUCAAGACGCGAUACGGCGUCCUGCGCGGCAUCGAGGCCAGAUCGUCGAUCGCCGUCGAGACUUACUACGGAGUGCCGUACGCGACGCCGCCGCUCGGCGCGUUGCGUUACAUGCCCCCGGUCACCCCGACGCCGUGGGGCGGUAUCAAAAUCGCCGACACCAUGCCGCCGGUCUGUCCCCAGAUUCCGCCGAAGCCGGACGAGAAAAUGCCGCGGCAGAGACGCGCCUAUCUCAAAAGGCUGGAACCCGUACUGGCCAAAACGAACCAGAACGAAGACUGCCUUUAUCUAAACCUCUACGUGCCCAAACCUCCUCAUGGUAGUAUCGCAGACUCGCUGCCAGCUCUCCUUCUCAUUCAUGGCGAUUCCUAUUCUUGGGGUGCCGGAAAUUUGUUCGACGGAACCGCCCUGGCCGCCCACGGACGUCUUAUUGUCGUCUCCAUCAAUUUUCGUCUUGGUGUGCUUGGCUUCCUGAAAACCGGUGGUAAGGGGAGCGCGCAAGGCAAUUAUGGAUUGAUGGAUUUGGUGGCAGGACUUCAUUGGCUGCGCGAGAAUCUCGGCGCUUUCGGCGGCGAUCCUGAGCGACUGGCGUUGCUGGGUCACGGUACCGGUGCGGCACUCGCCAAUUUUUUAGCCGUCUCCCCUAUGGCGAAAGAGUUGAUCGGGAGAGUGAUCUUGCUCGGCGGCUCGGCUCUCUCGCCAUGGGCGAUCCAGCGAGAUCCGCUGGCGGUGAAGCGCCGAGUCGCCGAACAAAUCGGAUGUCCCGGUGACGUCGAAGCCGACGAUAUCGCUUCGUGCCUUCGUUUAAGGAACGUGGAGGAACUGCUGAAGGUGGAGCUGAAUCCGCCGAGAUUCACUUCCGGAUUUGCACCUUUUGUCGACGGGGCCGUUCUACCACCCACGAUCAAUCAGAACUUUCAGCCCACUGCCUCUUCUUCGGGACUAAUGCCGAUCGUACCCGGGCCCGGCGCUGAAUUCGCCGACUUUGGCGAUCGUGAUUUACUCUUCGGUUUGACGUCCGAGGAAGCCUGGGUAAAUUUCACCGAGGAAGAUUUACAGAACGGUUUCAACGAAACUAGGAGGGAUCGUAUAUUGCGCACUUACGUCCGGAACACCUAUCGGUAUCAUCUGCAUGAAAUCUAUUCGACUCUUCGGAACGAGUACACCGAUUGGGAGCGGGGUGAGCAGAGUCCCGUGGCGAUCUGCGAGGGCCUCUUAUCUCUCCUCGGAGACGGCCAAGUCGCCGCGCCGCUUCUCAGACUGGCACUACUUCACUCCGCCUCGGAGGGACGGGGCUAUUUCCUGCACUUCCAGCCCGCCGAGCGACCGACUCAGAGGGGCGAGGAGGUACCCUAUCUCCUGGGUAUACCUCUUCUCCGCGGAGAAGUCACAUCCGCGCUACCUGCCUUUGACAACUACACUCUCGCCGACGAGAAUCUGUCCAAGCUACUCGUACAUUACUUGGCUAACUUUGUGAGACGCGGGGAUCCAAACGGCGCGAGUCCCUUGUCCUCGGGACUGGAGAACAGUUUGAUGACGAGUCCGCCGUUUUGGGAUUCGUACGACUCUAUAAACCAGUUAUACUUGGAGGCCGGCCAUAGUCCGGAGAUGCGCUCGCACUACAGAGGCCAUAAGAUGUCCCUCUGGCUGAACCUGCUGCCGCAGCUGCACCGGCCGGGCUACGAGAUCAACAUGCGACAUCAUCAUCUCGCGGAUAGCGCCAAUCUCUACGAAGGUCCGGUGCGUCCGCAGAGCACGGCCGUGCCUCUACCGGCACCCCCGCUACCCAUGCCAUCCCCCACGGAACCGUCCUCGAUACUCACCGCGCUGUCGACCACGGAAUGCACCCCGAACGCGACCGUCGCGACGACUAUCACGCCUACAACCUCGCGAACGUUGCAGCACUCAAAUCUGGGCCCGGGCCCCAACAAUCUUCUGCGCAAACUGGCGUCCAGUCAUUAUCAGAGUUACACCACAGCCCUCACGGUCACCAUCGCGGUGGGUGUGUUUUUGCUGUUGCUCAACAUUCUUAUUUUCGCGGGGAUCUACCAUCAGCGCGACCGGAACGUGUCUGGCGGCGGCGCCUUCGGCAACAAAAAGAAGGAGGAGCUGUUGGAAGCCGGUUGUUCCGGCAUGAACACCUCGGGGAAACAGCGACUACCGCCCUCCAUGAAUCUGAUAGACUCGCCGUCGUCGAUGCUGCCGCCGCACAAGGCGAAGCUCGUGCAAGAGCUCGAGCUGCAGCUGCAGGAGUUCCAGUGCUCGCCGCCGCCCGGUGGCGGUAAGCGAAUCCUGGAGCCGCCGUCGUACAGCAAGAGUCCGUGCAUCCAGCGUACUCGCACUCCAUCGCCCUGCGUAGACGCUACUAUCGCUCGGAUGGACGAGGUCAGCGAUGUCGGCGUUCGCCAUCACGACAGCGAGGACGAGAACGAGGAACUGCCGGAACCGCCGCCCCCGCCCAAGGCUCCGGCGCCCAACGUCGGUCUUACGUGUCCCGGGAUUCUCCGGCAGCCCGGAACACCCGGUAGCGCGAAGAAGCGCGUGCAGAUUCAAGAGAUCUCCGUGUGAUAGA